AUGGCGGGCUCACUCGAUCGCGUACUUGCAGCAGCAGUGGAGGGUCAAGCACGAAGCCAGCGUUUCAUUCAACGACAACUCAACACACUGCACGAGAUCUUCGUGAAAGACGGCCCUGAUAUUCGGACCGCCAUGAAGACAGAUAGCAGCCAAACGAACUCGGAGAUCGAAAUCCAGUACACGCUUGCUCUUGAGAGCAUCGUGAAUUCCUUUUCUGAAAGCGACUUCGACCAAGCAUUAGCGGCUGAAUAUAGGCUCGCAAAGUCCGAAAACACACCUGAUAAUAGGUGCGCCUAUGGAAUUGUCUAUAUUGAGCCAGCAAGCUAUAAUCUUGUCUACUCUUGUGUCACGGCAGUGACAACUGCCAUUGCUGCUGGAAACUGUGUUGUUCUGAAGUUACCGAAAACGCUCUCGACAACAUCUGAAGUCCUAAGGAAGACGUUGUCAAAUGGCCUUGAUCGUGAUACUUUUGCCAUCGUUGAACAGACCGUCGAUCAAGCAAAGCUAUCCCGGAAGGCCAUCCGUCUGCAUGCAUCGGCAGACAUUAGCAUCUCUCCUUCGCAAGAAGUCCUCACUGUUCCGAACACAAGAUCCGUCGCGAUUGUAGAUCGCUACGCAGAUAUGCAGACGUCUGCUAAGGCCAUUAUUCGGGCUCGAUUUACUUUUGAAGGAAAAUCGCCCUUAGCGCCCCAUCUUGUUCUUGUCAAUGAAUUUCGCAUCAAGGAGUUUUGCAGUGCAGUUGCCGAGAAUACCGGCAAGUAUUUUACAUCCCAAAUCGAAGGAAAUGGAACGCUCGAUGGCUCCUUGGCAGCGAAGUCCCGCGCAAUUCGAGCAUCUGCCAACGAGUUGGAUAAGGCCGGCGCAGAAACCAUUCUGUCUGGGUCACGAGGUGUCGUUGUGCGCGUUAAUGACAGGUCCUCGUCUCUGCUAAAAAAGCAUGUCAAUGAGCCACUCCUUAUUAUCCACCCAGUCACCAGUCUCGACGAUGCGAUGGAUUUGGCCAAUGAGACCUCUAAUGACGAGCCACUUUCUGCUCUGCACAUAUUUGGUACCCCAGAAGUGGCUAAAUAUGUUUCUCAAUUCGUUCACUGCCAUCUGACCUGCGUGAAUGAGAUUCCUGUGGAGCUCAUCGUUGCCCCACUGACACCUAUUGGAUUUGCAACGCAACUGGGGAAGCCUUAUAGGAAAGAAAUGUUCUCGUUGGCGAAACCGCAAUACAUCCAUUUUGGAAAGCGAGAAGAACAGCUGACGGUGAUAAUUGAGAGCAAUAAUGAAGUUGAGGCGUCCAAGCUGCGAAAGCAAGCCCAGGCAAUCAGGGUCCAGAUGAACCAGCCUGCUGGUCAUGCCAUUGGACAUUUCGAACAGGGUCUGCUUGUGGGAGCAUCCAUCGCCCUUGUGACGAUCGUGAGUACAGUGACUAUUCUGGUAAGACAAGGGAUUCCGUUGGCAAAAAGGUGGAGGUUCAGAUAA